GCCAAACAGCUCGUCUGGGAAAGUGGUGCGCUGACGGUAAGGUUGUCAUUUAGUCAGUUUUGUUAGUUUAGAAUUCGCGGACUUGUUGUUAGCGUAUCGCUUCCCUGAAAUUGGUCUCAUUCAGGUACCAGACUCUGAGCUUCGUACAUCUACAGAUUAACGAUGGAGGCGUUGCUGUAUACAAUACUGAUGUGCACAGUGGCUGUUGUGCUGAGUACCCCGGCCAGCAACGAGAAGUGGAAGUUAAUGGGGAAACUGCUGACUGAUCCUGAGUCUGGAGCACAAACGCUUGAUGACUUGAUAAAGCAGGCGUCGCCAACCCCCAUUGGAGACUCCAUGUGUGCAAACAUACACCAUAUCUGGAAAGGAAUGCCAAACGAGAUGAAAGAAAAGGCCAGCGACCUCGAAACCUCUUAUCCGAAUCAGGAAUAUCCCAAGCCUUGUUAUUGGUCUUGGGACAUAAAGCCCAAUGAAUGCCCUCCAUUUGGCACGUACAAUCCAGAGAAAAGUAUUUGUUACCGUGCGAGAUACUAUGCUAUCUUCGGAAAGAGGCGCUACUGUUGCUCCCCGAAACUCGGCAAGCCUCCAAAACUGGAAAUACGGCUAGGACGAAUCAGGUGUAAGUGUUAAUCUUUUGGCACUGUGCCCAGUCACUUUUCAUGGUGUAUGUAAUAAAGAAAUUGCCUAA